ACGUCACUCUGAGUAGUGUAGUGCAGUGAGGAGGAGCGAAGUCGGCUCCCAUCCGCGUUACAUGGCCCGAGUGAACGAAGUGAGUGCGUUUAAGGCGUACAUAUACAAACGUGCAUCGUAGCGAUCGAAAGUUUCUGCCGAUACGAUUAUAAUUUUCUUCGAUAAACGCACGUUUACGUGACACACAAGUUUUUUCGUUGGAUCGCGAGGAAAGGUAGAGAAGACGCGACUCGCUUUCACUCGAAACAAAAAUAUAUAUCUAUAUAUAUCUGUAUGUAUAUAUACGUAUUCGACGUAUAAUUCAGUGAUGUGAUAGGAAGCGACUACGCUAAAGUGGAUAAGAAAAGGAGAAAAGGAGAGAGAGAGAGAGGGAGAGAAAAAAAAGAAGUAGUGUCGUGCGCGUUGAAAUUUUAACAGGAAGAAAAGGCAACGGUUCUCUAUCGUCGGUAGAUCGAUUGUUUUCAGUGGGGUUACCGCCGGAGAGUUUCAGCGUACCAUAGCCUCUCUUUGUCGGUGGUACGACACGGGAACGAGGCAUAUAAAAUUACGGUAGAUCGACCGCGAGUGGUGAUUCUCUGCUCGACGAAUAUGCGUGGGAUGUAUCGCCCGCGCGUUGUGUGCUCGGUGUGCUCGGUGUGACGUGUGAUUAAAUCGGCUUUCUUCAUACGCGAUUCCCCAGUGGUAUACGAUGUGGUGUACGGCAACGGUCCCGAUCUUCGUAGCCGUUGUCAUCAGUGGUGUCCGCUAUCAAGGCUUCUCCUCCUCUUCGUCGUCGGCGUGCGUCGCGACGCAAAAAAAAUUUUAUCGCGAGAGCUCGGUUGCCACCCUCUUCUAUCGGCCGAUCGUUCCACGGCGCUGCCCUGACGACAGCACUCGUCCUGCUUGGGGUCACUACCUUCCGGCUAGUGACUAGUGAUAAUCUGUUUGUUGCCCAGUGAUUAUAAAUCGAGAGUGUCGAGAAGUGGGAAGGAAGCUUCUUCCUUCACCCCGUGGAAUACACGUAACGGUUUCCCCUUCGUCUUGUCGUGUGUGACGUCGCGAGUUGCUCGAGAAUCGAAUCGAAUCGAGUUCUUCUCAAAUACGGUGUAAUCGAAUUUGGAAAUCAAUUGUGUCGUUCGGAGUUUACCCACAUGGAUAUCCAUUGAUUUCUCGCGUAAACGAGGGAAAUAUUAGAAGUAAAAUAGGGAAGUAAAGGAUAAAAAGGGUUUUCCUCGACCGAGCCGCGCUGGCGGUAUCGAAUAUAUCGGGUAGUGUGGUGAGAGUGCCGUGAGAUCAGCGUCGGGCGAAGUUGUGUGUCGUUGUACAGUGCUGCCAAACGAUACCACAACAUCCGAUCCCAAAUGAAGAGUUCGGAGCAAAAUGGUUAGAGAGACACGUCACCUGUGGGUUGGAAAUCUGCCGGAAAACAUCCGAGAGGAUCGCAUACGAGAGCAUUUCAAACGGUAUGGACGCGUGCAGAGCGUCAAGCUGCUGCCGCGGGGCGAAGAGUGCCCCGUGGAUGGAGGUUCCGGUGGUUCCCUCGGAGAAGGCAACGAGGGUGGUUCCGGUUCCAGUUCUGGGAACGGUAGCAGUGGCGGGGGUAGCAGUUCCUCGAACAGCACCGGGGGUGCCUCCGCGACGGUGGCGUUCAUGGAUAUCAAGUCCGCAGCGAAGGCCCACGCGACUGAGCAUACCUUGGACGAACGAGCCCUUACCACACAAUACUACGAGCCACAACAUCUUCAACACAGGUUUCCCUCGCACGGAAGUUCGGAGGAUCAUGGAUCCGGCGUCGUUAGCGGGGUCGGAGUCAGCGGAGUCGGCGUGGUUGGUGUCGUCGGUUCCGGGAUCGUCAGCGGCAGCGUCGUCAGCGGAGUCAGCGGCGGCGUCAGCAGCGGCAGCAGCGUCGCUGUCGGCGUCGGAGUCGCAAGCGGCGGAGGUAGCGCCGUCGGGGGUGGUAUCGGCGUCGUCGUCGGCGGCGGCGUCGGUACCAGUAGCGGUGGCGGCGGCAUUAACGACAGAGAGAGGGACCGAGAGAGGGAGAGGGACAGAGAUCGAGACAGGGAUCGGGACAGGGACCGUGACAGAGACAGGGAGAGAGAGAGGGACAGGGAGAGGGAGAGGGAUCGGGAGAGGGAACGCGAAAGAGACAGAGACAGGGAACGAGGCGGCGAGGGCUUCGAGUCACGUGGCUCCCACGGAAGUUUCUACAGCAACGAGAGAAGCGGUCGAGGGGUCGGUUCCGGGGGUGGUGUCGGCGGUGUCGGUGGCGUCGUCGGCGGCGGCGGCGGCGUCGUCGUCGUUGGCGGCCAUCCGGCUGAUCCUUCUCCCGGUGAUCCUGGCGGCUACAUACCCCGCGCCCGUCCACCUCCUGCCAGCUCAUACCACGUGACAUCGACCAGGGCGAGGGAUCGGCUUUACUCGAGAACCGGCCCGUAUGCCUCCGGGCCGCCGCCCCCGCCCCAUUUAGACCGUCAUCGUGGUGGCCUGCCACCGUCCUCCUGGUCGGCCUACGAGUCGACGACCUCGAGAUACGGGAACGCACCGCCGCCACCCUCGCCUGCCAACAACGACGCCUACCAGGACGAGCAAGAUUACAUUCGUCGUGUUGUUCCACUAGGCGGCGGCGGAGGCGGCGGCAGCAGUAGCAGCGGCGUGCUACGACAGCACAAAAAGCAGCGCAGAAAAUCGCGAAGCGGAAGCAGCUCACCGAGUGGCAGUAGCCGUUCCGGUAGCAGCAGCAGCAGCCGCAGCGGCAGUUCCGCUGGCAGCACUUCCGGGGGCAGUACGUCGCCCGGCAGUUCGCCACACCGCACCGGAAAUGCCGCCGUCACCGAGGACCGCAGGCCGCUGGCUAUCUGCGUACGUAAUUUACCGGCGCGCAGCAGCGACACCUCCCUCAAGGAUGGCCUCUUCCACGAAUACAAGAAACACGGGAAAGUGACGUGGGUGAAGGUCGUGGGGGCGGCCGGCGACCGUUACGCCCUGGUAUGCUUCAAGAAACCCGAGGACGUGGAGAAGGCCCUCGAGGUGUCGCACGACAAACUAUUUUUCGGCUGUAAGAUCGAGGUCGCGCCCUAUCAGGGUUACGAUGUCGAGGACAACGAGUUCCGGCCUUACGAGGCCGAGCUCGACGAGUACCAUCCGAAAGCGACGCGAACGCUCUUCAUCGGGAACCUCGAGAAGGACGUCACCGCGUCCGAGCUUAGGAAGCAUUUCGAGCCUUUCGGCGAGAUAAUAGAAAUAGAUAUUAAGAAACAGGGCGCGGUGUCAAGCUAUGCUUUCUGCCAAUACUCCGACAUCGGUAGCGUCGUCAAAGCUAUGCGAUCGAUGGACGGCGAACACCUGGGUGCAAAUCGAAUAAAACUUGGAUUUGGAAAGUCGAUGCCCACGUCCUGUGUUUGGGUCGAUGGCAUUGGAGAUUGUAUGUCGGAAAAGUACCUGAACAUGCAGUUCCAUCAGUUCGGACCGAUAUCACAGGUCGUAGUGGACCGAGAGCGAGGACACGCUCUGGUCUUCUUCGAGCAGAUCAGCUGCGCCCAAGCUGCCGUGAAAGAGAUGAGAGGAGCAGCGCUUCGGGGGCGUAGGCUUCAAGUGGACUUCGCUUCCAGAGAGUGCCAGGAAACCUUCUACGAGCACCUGGAGCGACAGGGUAUCGCUGGUGAAAAACCUUGGGACACGAGGCCUUCUCCAGCAACAACCUUCGAUGUCUCGAUUCCUUCCAGGCGGGAGCGUAGCAAUUUCGACACUGGAGUUACGGUGUCGAACUCGAGUAGCAGGUUCACCCGUUACGAGACGCCUCCGAGGUCGAGAACAACGAGUUACUCCCGCACGUCUGGAGGUGGCAGUACGCCCGGUGCCAGUCCUGCGCAUCCCACGGCGAUGUCCCGUAGUAGUAGGCGUUCUUAUCAAGACACCUAUUACGACGGCGACUAUAGCGAGCCAGCGCCCCGUCGAUUCCGCAGCUACGACGAGUUCAGUCAAGGCAGCGGAGCCAGUCACGAUGACUAUCAGAGCAGCGUGCUCGGCGAUGGUAAGCUCAACGACGACGAUUGCCCGCCACCGUCGCGUCGUCACGUCGUCCAGAGCGUGGUGACCAGCGUCGAGCCACCUGCACCGCCACCGCCUUUGUUACCCCCACCGGACAUUAGACACCUUCAGAAGGAGCGAGUCCACCUGUUGGAGCAACUCGAAGAGUGUCACAGUAGCGGCGACGAGGUGGGAUUCGCCCCGAAGAAGCGCGCGAAACUUGACGGGGCGUCCACGACGAUACUGUGCGAGGACGACGAACCCGAAAUCGCGUCUUUGCUCGUCACCUCGCACUCCAGUAGAAAGGGUAUGGACAUUCGACGCGUCAGUGACAGUAAAGUGGUGGUGCAUCACGGAACGAGAAGAGGUAGCUGCGAAGGCAGAGGCCCUGGACCUUGUAAACGUCGACGGGAUGUUACUAGCAGGCAUCACGAACACCACGACGGAUCACGGCCAGGAACACCGCUGGUCGACGAAAGACCGGAGAACUUGGUGCCCAGCGAACCGCGACGGUUUCGCGAAAGGAGUCACGAGGGGCCUCUCUCGCUGCCGUUGCCAAGGUUUGCUGCCCAGAUGCUGAAUAACAACAAUAAUAACAACAACACCAGUAGCAGCAACAAUAACAGCAGUGGGAGUAAUCGAUCGAGUAACGUUAGCCUCGCGAAAGUGACCAGUCCGCCGUGCGCCAAUUUGUCGACGGCACCCAGUCCCCGCACAGCCCCUCAGCCACCAGCUUCGCCCCCGCCUCGCAAUCCCAGCCCGAGUCCAACGAGCUCCGACAGCGAGACGGCACCCCAAUCGCCCAGCCUUGAGGAGAGGAUACGUUCCCUCGACGAAAAGUACGAGAAGUGGUCCGGUUCUAGAGCUUUAAGCGCAGCCGGUGGCGACGCCUUGGCUAAGCUCGACGCCACAGCAUCCGAGAGGUUCAGGUUUCGUCACAAGCUGCUCGACCUGGAUUUGCACGAGGUGCAACCGUCCGAUAUCGUCAAGUCGGUUCUUGCCAAACGUAGUGUGUUCGACGAAGACUCUAAGCGUCUAGAGAACUUUAGCGAAAAGUAUGAACCCCGUGAGUUCACCGGCGUUCUGAACGUCGGCUCGAUGAUCGGUACGAGCGGCCUCGCAUCGAGCGGAGGUUGCACCAGCAAGGUCUGCCUGCAGUAUCCGUUUCCUAGUCAUCCGCCGGUGCAAUUGACCGGCGGCGGUUCCACGCAGAUCGGCAUGAGCGUGUCCCUGUCCUCGUUAACGUUCACGACCACCAUGUCGUCCGCGCUCAAGACGGACCCACGGGCAACGGUGCAGCACAACUGCGUGCAUCCGACACCAGCGACACCCAUCACACCCGGCACAUCAAUCAAAACCGUUAGUCCCGAAUUGCCACCAGUCUCGCUGCCGAUCGGUCUCGGUAGCGGGACGGCGGCCAGUAGUGGCAACAGUAGUGGUUUAGCGUCAGCUAGUAGUAUUCUUAGCAGCAACGGUAGCGUAAGUAGUAUUCACGUUCUGGGAGCCUCGACGAGUCGAGGACUGACCAACGUCGCAACGUCGAUACCCAUCGCGACAACGACGUCCACUGUCGCGUUUCCUGCACCGAUGACGACGCUGGUCACCACAACGGCGACAACGACAACGACAGCGACAACGACGACGACGACGACGACAACAACGUCAACAACGCCGACGACGACCGCGUCGAGCACGACUUCCUCGACCAUCGGCCAGUACCAACCUUCCAUGUCCAGCGCCGCGUCCACGGCGCCACCGUCUUCCACGACGUCCUCGUCGAACUCUUCCUGCUCGUUGUCGUCGUCGUCUUCGUCCGUGGACAGCUCUCGGGCGCGCUUGAGGAAGGAAGUCGGCAAUCGGGAGAGCAGGGAUUCCCGCGACAGCAAGGACGGUAGAGACUCCAAGUACAGCAAAGGAAAGGACUGCCAGAGGAAGUCGCGGAAAGAGGAUGCGGACGUCGAGAGGGUUCGCAAAGAUCGCGAGGAGAAGGACACCGUGGUUAACGAGAUCGUCGAGCCCGAGAGUCACGCGAGGGAAUUCAAAGAAAACAAGGAAGUGCGUUACGAGAGGAAGGAAAGGGAGGAAAAGGAACGACGGGAGAAAGAUGACCGUGAAAGGCAAGAGAGGAGGGAGAAAGAGGAUCGCGACAGGCAGGAGCGCAAAGAACGCGAAGAGAGGCGGGAGAAGGACGAGGAAAGACGGGAGCGCGAAAGGUUGGACAAAGAGCGACACGAGAAGGACAAGCGUGAAAGGGAGGAGAGAGAACGAGAACGAGAACGAAAAGAACGGGAAGAGAGCGAGGCUAAAGAAAAGGAGAGAAGAGAAAAGGAACGGUUGGAUCGUGAGAAGCGAGAAAGGGAGGAGAAGGAACGCCAAGAACGUCGGGAACGAGAAGAAAGAGAAAGGAGGGAGCGCGAGGAUCGGGACAGGAAGGAACGAGAGCUUCGACUAGAGCGGGAGAAGCAAGAGAAAGAACGCGUCAGAAAAGAAAGAGAAGAACAAGAGAGGCGAGAAAAAGAGGAACGCGACAGAAGACGGGAAGAAAAGGAGCGUCUCGACAGAGAAAGAAAGCGCGAAAGAGAGGAGAAGGAACGUCUCGAACGGGAACGACGGAAAGAGAAAGAGGAACGGGAACGAGCGGAGAAAGAGAAGCGCGAGAAAGAGGAAAGGGAAAGAUUCGAGCGCGAGAAGCACGACCGAGAGAAGAGGAGAGACCGCGAGGACCAGGAGAGGCGGGAAAAAGAAAAAGCCGAGCGCGACAAAAGAAGAGAUCGAGAAGACAAGGACAAAGAGAAAAGAGACCGCGACGAAAGCAGACGACAGCCUACUGAAAAUCAUCUUCAUCAAUCAGUCUCACAGUCUCAGAAUCAAAUUUCACCUGCGCCAGUGUCCAUCAAGCGACGAUGUUCGUCGCAAGACGGACCCACGGAGGACGAAGCGAAACGCAUGAAGAUCUCCGAGCACUGGAGGGACAGGCCUAGGCAGAACAGAAGAUCGGAGGAUCGGAAACAUCGAAACGAUUCUCACCGUUCGAGUCGCGACAGUAGAGAGAGUCGAGACAGCAAGGAGAGCAGUAGCGGAUCUACGCAGACCCAAGACACCAGGGAUACCAGUCAUGGAGAACUCAACAGGGAAUCCAACAGAGAGAACAGGGAGAACAAUCGCGACAGUGGCAAAGAGAAACAGCGAAGCAAAAAGAAUCGUUCUGAGAAAGAGUCCAGGGAACGAAGUCCCAGGGUCUCUCACGAGUCUGAUAAAGAGUUCUUAUCCAGACUGGAGCUCUCCAAGCGCAACGAGUCGAACUCGCCCAGCGAGCAAACAUCCGUCGGUUCCAAUCACUCUCGAGAAAUACAGCAGCACCAUCAGCAACAGUCUUCCAUGAAUCUGCACAGCGACGUCGACGAUCCACUGUCCACCCACGACAUGGAGGUUGCCAGGCAUCCGCUGGCCACUGACACGGACAGCGACGAGCCGAAGAAACAUUCCAUCUUCGACAUCGUGGACGACGAGCCUGCUUACAUUAGCAUGUACGAUAAGGUUAAGGCGCGUUCGACGAAGAACAUGCAGAAGCUCGAGGAGGAGAAACGUCAGGUUCGCCUGAAGGACAAGUUCUCACAACUGAAACAGAGUCGAGCGAGACGGGAGGAGAAGAAACAGAGCACGUCGUGGGACGGAGAUUCGGUGUCUAGCAAGGCUCUGACGGAGGACGAGGCGACGUCCGAGUCGGACUCUGCCAGGGCGAAGUCUCUUUCCAGGAAAGGCUCGCGAUCUCGAAUUCAUUCCGAUACCAGCGAGGAGGACGAGUCGUUCAACAACAAGAUUCGCAAGGUGAAGACUGAGAGGUUCCUGGAGAGCGACGUGGACCUUGGUUUCGCCGAUACCGAAGAGAAGCACAAUCCUCUGGAAACGUCGACCGUGGUCGUGAGCCACGCGACUGUGAAAGAAGAGCCGCGCACGUCCGACGACGACGAGAGAAUGUCCGUCGCCUUCCGCGGAAACCAUCCAGCGAUCGUCGUGAACAAUCACGAGAGGGAUUCGCGCAAGAAGUCGCAUAAGAAGAAACAGAAACGGCAGAAGAAUUCUAUGUCGAACGAGGAGAGUAUAAAAACCGAGCCGUCGGAGGGCAUCGAGCACAAGAACAAGUCCAGUACCGUGACGGCCAACGCGGAGUGCCGACCUAACCAUACGUCCGAAUCAGUCGCUAUCACCACUACCAAUACAUCUGGGACGACAGUGUUGGAGAACACCGAAGAAAGAAUACGAUCGGACAAGAAGCAACGAAACAAGAAGGACAAAAGGAGGGAUCGAAACGGAGACGAGAAGGCAAAGGCAAGGAGGAAGAGGCUCAACAGACAGGAGGCUAGAGACUCGCAGCGAAUGGAAGACAUUUUUGGCCCACUUUCCGACGACGUGGACGACGGUCCAUCCAACACCUUCUUCAACCGUUUAGGCAACAUCGCGUCUGAGAACAAUGCUUACGCUACCGACAGCGAUGGAGGUCACAGUCCCGCGUUGGACGUGGAAAGGGUCAGACGAAAAACAGAGAAGAAACGACGUCAUCAACCCGAAGACGAGAACAGCGUCGACUUGGCCGAGGCGGGACGCGAGAUCGAAGCGAAGCUCUUGGGGCUACCGAAUUCACCCAAAUCGGCUACAGCGUGUACAGAGAACAACGAUCACGAUGUGUUUCGAUUCACCGAUGAUAACGACAGUGUCGAACCGUCUACGCCGUCUACGGUACCAGAAAAAAUUAAAGAAAAGAAGAAGAAACGGAAGAAGUCCAAGGAGGAGCGUAGUCGGAAGGAUUACCAUCAUCAUCACCAUCACCAUCACCACCAUCACGAAAAAAGCGGUGAACUGCCCUAUUUGGGCGCGGAUCCUAGUCCCCCGAGAGCCAGCAGUCCGUUAAUUACGAAAACAAUAUCUCCGACUUUGCCCACGCCUAGGGAUUCUUUGCUGAGUCCUAUCCCGAAAGUAACGACGAACGUGACGACGGUACCAUCGAUGACACCUCCGGUUGUUAGCGGCAGCAUCCAACCUUCGAAAUCAGAGAAGAAGAAGAAGGAUAAGUUUAUACCUGGAUUUGGCAUAGAGAUCGACGAAACCAUCCACGAAAACGCGGUGAAGAGUAUUUCCGAACCAGAAGAACGCGAAGGAAAUGCUCAAACGCGCACUUCCAGAGAAGAUUCCGAAGUUGCUGCGCCAUCGACACCGCCUGCGCAGACGGAAGACAAACCCCGAGUUGCUAUUUCUCAGGAAGAGACGGAGGACGCUGUGGCCGCGUUGCUAGAGGAGACCUUCGGUGGGUCCACCGAGGACUUCUCCUACGAGGGCGAGGAAGAGGACGCAGAGGUGGAUGACACCGUUGGACCUCCGCCUGAGGCGCCUCAGGAAGACGUCGAAGAAAUGCAGCAAGCGGUCGAGAGCUUGAAUGCCUCCGCUGGGGAGGGCGAGACGGAUUUGAAACCCGACACUCCGCAAAGCGAGCACGAUCUGCAGAUAGACACGGACACGGAGGAGGACCCGAACUACGAGACCUUCGACCUGACGCAACCACCGAAAACGCCAGACAUUCCAUCAUUCUACAAGUCACCUACCAAAACCAUCAGCACCGUUGCUCCUUCUAUAGCUGUAGCGGAGAAACCCGUGGAAUCGCGCAUCGCUAUACCCGUCAAGCCACAGAGUCCACCAGCGUCCGUGAUCGCGCAUUCGUGGAAUCUGAACGAGAAGCCUCGCGACGUCGUCAAAGCUGUGCAGUUGGAGACCUCGGAGUCGAACGCCAGCGUUGCAAGUCCAGAGAGAAUCACAACCACUCAAGCUCAUCGCGCCUCGACAUCUCCACCGCCGCAGUACAAGCAACCUGCUCUCGGCCCUUGCAGCGUCCCCAUCACCAGCGAGACACCCAGGAUCACUGCAGUCAGCCCCAGACCACCCAUCAGCGUGCAGCCUUUGUAUCAGAAACUUCCCGUGUCUCCGCAGUCUCAGAUGGUUCCGAUGCGACAGGCCUCUCCCAGAAUGCAGAAUAUAUCCACGGUUUCUUCUUCUGCGGCCUCUAAUCUGACACCUUUGCCACCGUUGGUUCCUUCGAGAAUACCACCUUUGGUACCGUCCCAGCUGUCGCCUAGAGUCUCGCAACCUCUGUCGCCCAAUGGCCAAUGGUCGAGAAACCCAUCCUUGAGUCCUCACGUGCCCAACGUUGGAAAACCGUCUCCGCCCUCUGCGAGAAUCGCUGUAAGCGCGUCGGUGUCUUCUCAUAGACCGGAAACUCCUGCACAGCAGAUUUAUUCCACCGCGGCUACACAACAACCUGUUAUUCAGCACGCUCCGGGCAUGAGAGCUCUGGCGCCUAGUUAUCCUCGGGGUGGUUUACCACCGUUGACGUUAAAUAUUCCUCACCGUCCUUACAUGCCAGUGAAAAGUUCUAGGGACUCGGGUCUGGGUGGGAAAUCCGUAAUAGAAACUUUGCUACCGGUCAACCCUAACGAACCUCCUCAACGAUUGGAUGAACCUAAAUUGUCACCUGCAGUGAUACCCGAACCGACCAACAAAGCCUCCACGUCGCCUAAGGUUCCGUCGCCUAACCAACCGCCUACGUAUAUUCCUGAAACGGCGAAGAUCGAAAUUAACGCUAGCACGUCCAGUCCUGUGUUUGGUAAACCAGCCACCAUUCCGGAUACCUGUACACUUUCAUCCAGAUCUCAGAAACAAAUUCCUGGUUCCAUCACGACGGACACCAACCUACUGUCACCGAGACAGAAGCAAGAACUGUCGAGUCUGCAACUUCUGACUACCCACGUACCGCGCUCUUCGACACCUAGUCCCGUGAUAGUCGCCCAUGGACAACCUCAUCUGGUCCACAAGUCUGUGGUGCAUAGUAUCGGAGCGUCGACCGUUGCCACGACCAACCAACCGCUGAUCAAGACUGUCGUCCCGAUAGUUCCGCAACAGAUCGCUUCCACGGUCGCUGUUUCGGUGUCCGAAGAGAAAUGCGUCAUCACGCAAACAGUGUCUUUGAGUACCCCUCAGAGACACUCGCCCGUCUCGCAAAGCAGUCAACUUCCAAAGCCGCAUAUUCCUCUAGUAUCCACCGUUACUCAAGCUAUCAUGACCAGAGCAGCCCCUCCUGUCGUCUCCGCUAUACCAGCGCUAUCCGUGACCGAACAAACCAAGGUCGAAUGCUUGGAGCCGCCCGAACAAGAACUGGAGUUGGAUUCCAGCGCGCAGAUGGCGCAAACCGCUCAACCCAUGCAGUUAACUCCGCCUAUACAACCCACUCAGCCGAUGGACGUCGUGAAAGACGAGCCCGUUGACGUAAAGCACGAGGACACGACGAUCAAAGAGGAAUUUCCAAACACCGAAUCCGAAUUCCCGUCGAAACAACCAUGCGCUAACGAAACGAAGCCGAAGAUAGAGCAGCAAGACCAGCAAGUGAAAAUUGAGAAACCACCACCGUGUAUUCCGAAAGUAGAGCCUACGGAUAACAUCGACUCGAAGGUGGAGAUCGAGACUGUUAAAACCGAGCCUAUCAGCGAGAUAAAGGAGGAGGAGGCCGCGAAAGAGACCGAAGAGGCAGACAUGGAAGAAGAAUCGACGGAGGACCCGUUGAAAGAACCGAGCACGGAUCCAUUGGCCAUCGAUGUGUCGAAAGAGGAUCCAGCCGACAGUAAGGAAGACAGCGAUUACUGGUCGGCGAAGGAAGUGAACAUCGAGAGUGUGAUAAAGAAGGUCGACGCUCUCUGCGAUGGCGAGAGCAACGACGGCCACGACGAGGCUCAACACGGUCCAAACUUGAGCAACGAGACGCAAGAGCAACCAAAGAUUGAGGCUGAGUGGUUCAGUGCAGAAUCGACGGAGAGCGAGAGUAAGAAGAACUCCUCCGCGAACGACGAACAGGACGAGGGCGUGGAGACGUGCGAGAGCGAAUCGACGAGGAGUCGUCGUAGUAGAACAAAGAACAAACGAGGUGUUAGCAGUCGUGGUGGGGUCACCACGAGACGAAGCGUUAGGAACACGACGACCGUUUCCCACAAACGUGGCGUUGGCAGAACUCCCAGAGGAAGCAAACACCAUGUCGAGAAGAGCAAGUUACCAGCCGACGUUUACGAGUUCCACGAUGACAGCGAGGAGGACAACGCUGGACGCCCGCGACUGAUUCUUACGAUCAAGUCUCCCGUGCCGAAUCUUACCGGUCCCAACACCCAGCCAGCGACACCUAUAGCUGCGGUGAAGGAAGUACCACCGGAAGAAUUCGUUUCUCCAGCUGCAAAUACGAGAAAGUCGAAACGGUUAGCCGAGAGAGACGGUAGCCGUAACACCAUCGACGACGUCAUCGAGGACGUUGUGCGCGGAUCAGCAGCGAACAAAGGUCUGGGUGGAACAGGUGUUCACGCUACGAGACGAAGCACCAGGCACAACAACGCCCCACGCAGCGUCCAAUCUACCGUGCAAGUGACGGAACCUCGAAAGUCACCUAGAGGCCCGCGGAAAUCUAUUAGACGAACAUCCGAGAACAACGACGACAGCAGCGAGGAGAAACUUAAGGAAGCACCACCGGCACCUCAGGAAUUCCCAAGCAAGGAGGAAAGUGCUCCAGUUCGGGAUGAACCUCCUAAAGUAGAGGAAACGAAACAAUCUACCCCGCCACCCACGCAAAAGUCGGUCUCUCACGAACCGAUGACGUUGAUAGACCCGGUGACAGGAAUGUUGAUACCAAUGAGGGAGUCUGAAGAAGGUCAAUACAUUCCAGUUUCUACGGCUGCUGGUCAAAUACAAGCCGCGAACAGAGCUGCGUGCGAAUCGCGUACCAUCUCUGCUGCAAUGGUUCGGAAUGAUACUCCUAAUGCAACAGCUGAAGUGUUGCGACCAAAGCCACCUCAGCCUGAAAACUUAACAAUCCCUGAGGAAACGAAGAAAGAACCGACCGUAGAGCCGGUUCAGACUCAGCAGAUUCAACCUCAGACCAGUGUAAUCACAAAGCCUCAGUCUCCAGCUGUUCAGGUUACUUCCACGGUCAGCGUGGUUCAGACAGUCACAACGUCUACGACCGUCACCUGCGUACCAACGACGACGGUGACGACACCUAUAACAGCGCCUCCGAUAUGCACGUCCCAGCCUAAACCUACCAGUCUGAAGGCACACGUUUUGAAUGCUAGCAAAUUGGUAACACCGCCCGUGCAACAGCAAAUCGUCAUCACCAAACCUAUAGCUCCGAGCAUACCUAGUCAGUCGGUGGUACAGAACAUCGUUAAACCGACGCAGGCUGUUCAAGGACUUCAUCUGCAGAUACCAAGUAGAGUCGUCUCACCGAGCUUGAGUCCACGCGCGAAGCAGUCGCCUCAGAUUAGCGCGGCGAAUGGAAAGAGUCAAGGUCAACCCAUGUCCCCAGUUCUCAACAACACCGGUGUUCCACCGAACCCAAAACAACAUCUCUUGCAAGCAGCUAAACAACAAGCAUCCACAAUAGUCAAUCUGCCUCAGAAGCUACCGAUGAACGUCCAUCCAGCCAGCGUGACGACAGCUCCCACUCCCAGGAUUCACCAACCUGUCUCGCAACCCGCCGCGCUAAAGGGCAUCAAUGGUCAACCGCAUCCUUUGAAUCCGAAGGCUCACUUGCUCCAAGCUGUAGUGCCCCCGAUAGUCUCAGGUGCCGUAGCAAGUCCACCUACUCAGCCGCACCUUAUGAACGCGCAACCCGUCGGUGUGAACUGUUCUAGACUUCCAGCACCAAAACCAUCGGUAACGGGAACGAUGGAACCACCGAAAGUAGAAGUAUCCAUGACAGGUUGCAUUAUGGUGCCAACAGUGAGCCCUCAAGCACGUGGAGUACCAAUAUCAAGUUACGAAGGUCCAUUGCAUGGGAGUGCGGGUGCUGCUCCAUCACCAGGGGGCCAAUAUGGACUUGUCCCUCCGCAUCGAUCCCAGAGUCCUCCAUUGCCCCCACCUGCCCAUCAUCAUGCUAAUGCUUCUCAGGGCGAUGUUGUAAACCAUUAUGGGGGACUGUCGAGAGGUGGAGAACUACCACCGCAUUACAUGCAUCCACAAGUGCUCCAGUAUCAGUAUUUGCGUGCCCAGCAAGAAGCCUUGACAGCUCCGCGCAUAGCGUAUCACAUUCCAGGAACUCGAUCUCCUCACCUACCAUUGGAUCCAAAGUUGGAGACUGGUAUAGAAGACAGUCACAGUCCACCGUUAGAACUGAGACGAAGUACGAGAACGCCACAAGAUCGCACCACGGACAGCCCACAAGUAGCUCAAGUUUAUAUGUUGCACGGAGCAGCUAGGUUACCACCUCCACCGCCUCAGUAUAACGCAGGAACGAAUCCAUCCUUAACUGGUGCGCCAGCAGCGGCCAGAGGUGGAUUCUACGAACCACCACCCGCGCAUUUACGUUCUCAAUAUCCAAUUGCUGCGAGCGAAGCACCGAGCGAUAGAGCCAUCACACCCGACAGGCCUAGGAAACAUCAAGUCGUCACUCCACCUCAUGCUUCGCAAGUGCCACCCCAAGCAGACUCGUUUCAAAUGUUGCUUCAACGUUAUCCAGUCAUGUGGCAGGGAUUGCUGGCUCUUAAGAACGACCAGGCAGCAGUACAAAUGCAUUUCGUAUUCGGUAAUCCCAACGUAGCGAGAGACAGUUUACCUUGCAAUAGCGACGGUUCUACGCCACCGCUGAGAAUCGCUCAAAGAAUGAGACUGGAACAAACACAGGUCGAAGGUGUAGCGAGGAAAAUGCAAAUGGAUAACGAACAUUGUAUGCUCCUGGCACUUCCGUGCGGACGAGACGAGGUAGACGUGUUGCAACAGAGCAAGAACCUUCAGACUGGAUUCAUAAUGUAUUUACAACAAAAACAGGCCGCUGGAAUUGUUAACAUAGCUGCACCAGGCUCUCAACAGCCUGCGUAUGUAGUUCACAUCUUCCCGUCGUGUGACUUCGCGAACGAAAGUUUAGCGCGAAUCGCGCCGGACCUAUUGCAUCGGGUCGCGAAGAUCGCCCAUUUGCUCAUCGUCAUUGCCACGGUUUGAGGCCAGCCAGUGGUCUACUGGAUUACAAUCUACCUAUAUCUCUCCCCUUCACGCGCUGUAGGACGCUUCGCAUGUGGCAUGAAGCCUGGAGUGUCCCUCUGACGGGGUGCAGAGUCGUACAACAAAAGAAGAGAGUAUUUUCGAAGGAAACGGUUUCCCCUCUGAAGAAAUAUCAGUGACAAUCAAAUGGAUUCUGGCGAAUUCGUGCCGAUUUCGAAAAUCGUAGGCCUAAAACGAGGUACGGGGUUGUGUGACGUAGGGAGGCUAGCCCGGUCAAUGCGUGAACAUCACCGUGCGUGCCUUUCUUCUAUUGUAUUCGCAUGGGCGGGCUCGUUUGAUUGGAAACGGGACUCCGUGUCGUGCUCAUCGCUGACAACUUUUGUGAGAUCGACCGACGUCACUCUUGGUCUUUCUGACAAGCGAGUCAGGCACAAUCCCAGCCCUUAGUGGAAGACCUUCGAUUAAAACCACGCGAUGUCCUCAAGGAAUAAGAAACGAAAAAUAAACUCACACUCGUCCCUCCUAGGUAAAACAGUAAAUAAUACCUACCGUUGCUCUAGAUGGACAGACGGAUUUCGUAAGUAAGAAAUAGAGGAAAAAAAAAAACUAACGUACCCUACCACUAUACACGAGCUAUUUUAAGUAAGGCUUAGAAUUUAAAUGAUACUGUGUAAAUUAUAAGCGAGCCAGCGAGGGCAUAACUACUGUGAUUUUAAUUAUUUAACGAUAUAUGUCUGCGUAAAGACGAUGAAAACAAAAAGUAAAAACAGAUAAAUGGUGACCGAUUACGGUCCGCGCGGUAUGUGAUGUGUUUUUUGUAUAAUACUGCUCUAUAUAAAUACCUAUGUAUUAUAUUACUGUAACAAUAGUUGCUGCUGCCGCUGUUGCUGCUGCCGCUCGUGUCGAACUAGAAAGUAAUGUUACGAUCUAGACCUCUAGUGAAAAAAAAAAAAUGAGCGAAAGGAUUACCUAAAUAGCGUUUAUCCCUAAUGUAAUAUAAUUUUCCAUAGCAGGAUGUAACAUAUUAUUAUCAUUAUUAUCAUCUUAGCACUAUGUACAUUAUAAACAAAUUUUUAAUAUUCUUAUUUUGAUUCUUUAUUAUUACUACUAUUAUUAUUAUUAUUAUUAUUAUUAUUAUUAUUAUUAUUAUUAUUAUUAUUAUUAUCACCAUCAUCUUCUUCAUCAUCAUUAUCAUUAUUAUUAUUUCUACGGUCAUCAUCGUCAUUAGUACUGCUACCAUUAUUAUUAUUAUUAUUAUUAUUAUUAUUAUUAUCAUCGUCAUUAUUAUUAUUAUUAUUUUUAUGACUAUUAUUAUUAUUAAAUAUUACUACCACUACUGCUACUACUACUAUACUACUAUACUAUUAUCAUCACUACUACUACUAUUAUUAUUACCACUACUCUACUACUACUAUUAUCGCUGCUAUCAAUUAUUAUUAACUUUAUUACACCAGGCUAGUUAGAACGUACCAACCCGCACAUUUGAAAGAAGGGGCUUUAAAGUAUGUCGUACUGAAACUCAGAUACGGUACGACCGAUCUCAUUGACCAUUGACGUCGCCCCGUUCUACACACUUCCAUCCCCCAUUUCUCUUACCCCCUUGUCGCCUUCCGCGCGAUGUGUCGUAGACUCUUUAGCAAUCGUGUCGAAGAUAAUAAUGCGCUUACGUGUAUAGACCAGAAAUUACACUAUAUCACACGGAGCCGUGAGAAAAACAUAUUAAGUAAUAUAAAGAAACUUACCUAUUUACGAUAUUAUUGCUGCUGCGUGUAGGGCGCAUGCCUCUAGAGAAUAACCUUAUGUAAAAGUAUUAGGGAUGGUCAAAACAUGUUUUUAUUCUUUCAUACCGUGUUCAAUCGAUUAUAGAAAAAAAAAAACACAAAUCGUUCUUUUUCAAGUCGAUUAAAAAGGCACUUUCGUUGCCUAUCGUUGUUAUCAUUGUUAUAUUUUCUUCCUUACAUUAGAUAAACGUAAUCCGCCGUGAUUAAUGUUUUCUUUUUUCAUUUCCAUUACAUUAAUAUUACACUCGAGACGAGUAUAAAUACACGGAUACGUUUCGUGUAACGAAUGAAAUGUUUGUAACGUAUUACAUGAAUAUAUCCGACGCGAUCACGCUUAAUUUCUUCGAUAUUUUUUUUUUCUCUUCUAUUCGACACUUUAUUUUCUUGACGUGCGAGCAAUGCAAAGCGUGUACGCAUUGCCCCGAAGCCGAUGGUUCUGUUCUGACGACCCCUAAGAAAACACGAUUAAUUUAAGGCAGCGCUGAUACUCGUGGAGAGCGUGUGCAUGUACAGUGUAAAAGAUGCGUUGUGCAUAUGUACAGUAUAGAAGUAUAAGUGAGCGAGCGAGAUGAUAAGUAUAAUGAAAAACAUAUAUAUUAAAGCUACGGAUAAGUAUAAUAGGAUGCGAAUAAGACGCUCACGUCGCGGUAUUUUCGUUUGUUUUCCGAAAUCUAUUGUUGAGAUCCUGUUUAUUCUCUGUCACUUCAUUUAUUCUGUCUUUCACCUCUCUUUUUCUUCUGCUCUUCCUUUUUUCGUGGUGGUCAUUUUAUGUAUAUAUAAUAUGUAUGUGUAUAAAUAUAUGUAUAUAUAUACAUACAUAUUACAUAGAAUUCAAAUUUCCGCGGCAUGUGUGUCUGCCUCGUGUCUUAUCUAUCUUGUAAAAUAUCUGUGAAUAUUAUGAUUUAGUUUCUUCUUAUUAUAGGCUACUGGUAUACAAAAAACGUUUAUGUUACUACUUACUUAAGGAAAGAAAUGUACAGAUAUCACCAUUUUUUGUUUUGUGUUUUACUGUAGUUAUUGAUAAUUAUAUGGAUAUUAACGAUAAUAAUAACUAUGAUUAAAAAACUUCA